CAUUGUGGUAUUCGGCCAUACUCCUUGGACUUAGGACUGUCGACGACGGACACAAUAUAUUGAGAGGACGAAUUUAGAAUCUCUUUUCGGCUCAUCGUCUGCGUAGCAAACGAGACAUGAUCUCUGCAUUCUUUAUAUUCAACCAGAAAGGAGAAGUCCUCAUCUCCCGUCUAUUCCGAACAGAUCUCAAACGUUCCAUCUCCGAUGUCUUCCGUAUACAGGUCAUCUCCAACCCAGAUGUCAGAUCACCUAUCAUCACCCUCGGCUCAACCUCUUUCUUUCAUGUCAGGAUAAAUAACGUUUACGUCGUGGGCGUCACCAAAUGCAAUGCGUCCGCAGCGUUGGUCUUUGAAUUCCUCUACCGCUUCAUCCAGAUUUCAAGAGCUUACUUUGGCAAACUUGACGAAGAGAGUGUGAAGAACAACUUUGUUCUCAUAUACGAAUUACUGGACGAAAUCCUCGAUUUUGGAUAUCCACAGAAUUCAGAGAUUGAUACGUUGAAAAUGUACAUCACGACGGAGAGUAUAAAAUCAGAACUGGCAGUGCGCGAAGAUUCGUCCAAAAUCACCAUUCAGGCCACUGGCGCGACUUCAUGGCGUAGAUCUGACGUCAAGUAUCGUAAGAACGAGGCGUUUGUGGAUGUCAUAGAGACUGUCAAUAUGCUUAUGAGCAAGGAUGGGGCCGUUUUACGCGCGGAUGUCGAUGGACAAAUCUUGAUGAGAGCGUAUCUGAGUGGAACACCAGACUGCAAGUUUGGACUGAACGAUAAGCUCGUUCUGCAGAAACGUGGAGCCGACCAAGGCCCCAAGUCAGACGAUGCUGUCGAAUUGGACGACUGUCAAUUCCAUCAAUGUGUCAGGCUGGGUAAAUUCGAUUCAGACAGGUCCAUCUCGUUCAUACCGCCAGAUGGAGAAUUUGAGCUCAUGAGGUAUCGCUCAACCACGAAUAUCAAUCUCCCUUUCAGACUCCAAACCCACGUCACGGAACCCACCAAAUCCAGAGUCGAAUAUACCAUUCAUCUGAGAGCCUCGUACGAUCCAAAACUCAACGCCAACAAUGUGGUGGUGAAGAUUCCGACACCGCUGAACACUACCAAUGUCCAGGCUAAGGUCGGGGUAGGUAAGGCCAAGUACGUGCCAGGGGACAAUUUCAUUGUAUGGAAGAUACCGAAGCUCCAGGGAUCUCAGGAAUGCACCUUGACGGCGGAAGCCGAGCUAGCCACCACGACUCAUCGACAACCUUGGUCCAGACCUCCAAUCCAGGUCGAUUUUUCGGUGGUCAUGUUCACUGCCUCUGGGUUACUAGUUCGCUUCCUGAAAGUGUUUGAAAAGAGCGGGUAUCAAUCGGUCAAAUGGGUUCGGUACCUUAGCAAGGCGAAUGGAUCUUAUCAGAUCCGGUUCUAAACGCGCGUCAAUGUUUCUUUUAUGCCGGACUUUUUUUUGCUGGAUUCUUGUAGAUGUGUUGUCACGAUAUAUCAUGCAUUGGUGGAUGGGUGGCCCCAUGAGUGACUCCUUGCUCUGCAUAUUGUCCAAGCUAGAGUUGUGGUCCGUUAUUCCGGAAUCCCCGUGAUUUGCUCCCAAAAAGAAAGAGC